AUGGAUUUAAUAAAUAAACUUCCUGACCGUCUUCUUUUUGGUAUUCCCAAGAAAGGCCGCCUUUAUGAACAUUGUCUUUCUUUACUUGGAGGUGCUGAUAUUAAUUUUCAUCGUCGCAAUCGACUUGAUAUUGCUCUAGUUCAGAACCUUCCAAUUGCUCUUGUAUUUCUUCCCGCAGCAGAUAUACCAAAAUAUGUUGGUGAAGGAAAUGUAGAUUUAGGUAUUACUGGACAAGAUAUGGUAGCUGAAUCAGAAUCUGGUGAUAAAAUAGAGGAGAUUCUAGAAUUAGGGUUUGGAAAAUGCAAAUUACAAGUGCAGGUACCUGUCAUAGGUGGUGUAACAAAAGUUGAAGAAUUAGUGGGAAAAAGGAUAGUUACAAGUUUUGAAGUUUUAGCAGAAAAAUACUUUGGUGAAUUAGAUGAAAAAUAUUUGAGUGAAGAACAAAGGAAAGCUGGAGUCAAGACAAGGAUUGAAUUCGUAAGUGGAAGUGUUGAAGCAGCUUGUGCUCUUGGUUUAGCUGAUGGAAUUGAAUCUGGUGAAACAAUGAAGGCAGCAGGUUUACAUCCUCUUUCCACUGUUCUUUCAACUCAAGCAAUUUUAAUUUGUAAUAAAAACCCUUCAAACCCUUCUCUUGUUUCCAAAAUUGCAUCUCGUAUUAAAGGUGUAAUAGCAGCUCAAAAAUUUGUAUUACUUAAUUAUAAUGUUCAACGUGUUCAUCUUAAAGAAGUUACUAAAGUUACUCCUGGUGGUCAAGCUCCUACAAUUAGUCCAUUGGAAGAUGAUGAAUGGGUAGAAGUACAAAGUAUGAUUAAUAAAUAUGAAGUUGCUGAUAUUAUGGAUAAAUUGGAAGAAAUUGGUGCAAGAGAUAUUUUGGUAUUUAAAAUUGAUAAUUGUAGAGUUAAUUCAAAAUCUGUAUAA